CUCGAGACACAGUUGGCACUGGACUAGCGAGGAAGAGGGGAGAGGAAACGAGGCUGCAGUAGGAAGGAGGGAGGGAGAGAGAGAGAGAGAGAGAGAUCGAGGGAAAGAGAGAGAGCGCACACACUGAAGGCAACUCAAGGGCAUCCUUUGGCGACCGGCUGGCUGAAGAGGAUACAGAGCGGCCUACGAGAGGCUCCAGCUCGAUGUGGGCAGGGGGGCAGGAGCCAAUGUAGGCCGCAGGCCCCAGAGACUCCGGCCUGGAUGAGGGAACGUCUCCGAGGGGGACUGGAAGUGGAGCAGUGAUUAAACACCUGCCUGGAGCGCGGCAAGAGAAUGAAAAGGCAGAAAGGGAAAAGGAAGGGGAACACCAAGGAGCGAGUGUUCGGCUGUGACCUCAUCACACACCUCGAAGCGUCAGGCCACGAAGUCCCUCAGGUAUUAAGGAGCUGCACAGAGUUCAUUGAAGAACACGGAAUUGUUGACGGGAUCUAUCGACUCUCUGGGGUAUCUUCAAACAUCCAGAAACUUAGACAGGAAUUUGACAGUGAAAAGACAGCUGAUCUCUCCAAGGAUGUUUACUUACAGGACAUUCACUGUGUCAGCUCGCUCUGUAAAGCGUACUUCCGUGAAUUACCCAACCCGUUGCUCAUGUACCAGCUCUACGAUAAAUUCGCAGACGCGGUUAACACACAGCUAGAAGAGGACAGGUUACUGAAGAUUCGGAGCGUCUUGCAAGAUCUACCGAUCGGUCAUUACAGGACGUUGGAGUAUUUGAUGCGACAUUUACUCCGAAUGGCUUCCCACAGCUCGGAGACCAACAUGCACGCUCGAAACUUAGCCAUUGUCUGGGCCCCAAACCUUCUCCGGUCAAAGGAAAUUGAAUCAUCGGGGUUCAAUGGGACAGCGGCCUUCAUGGAGGUUCGAGUACAGUCCAUCGUUGUAGAGUUCAUCCUCAACCACGUGGAGCAGCUAUUCGACUGCAAGAACCUCACCUCGGAUCCUGGGCUGCAGGCCGCUGACAGGCGGAAGUCGCUGACCUCCUCGGGCUCUGCUCCGAGCUUGGUGUAUGAGGAGGGGGCUUGUCGGAUACCACACAUUCUACACCUGGGAGAUGGACCCCCUGCCAUCCGCCCCUACCACUCCAUCAUCGAGCUGCCAGAUAACAAGCGGAAAGGAUCACUGAAAGUGAAGAAGUGGAAAUCAAUCUUCAAUCUUGGGCGUUCUGGGACAGAUUCCAAACGGAAAGCACAUAGGCACGAUGAGAAAGAUGUGAAGUCUGAUACAAGGAACCUGCGGCCUGCAAAGAGUAUGGAUUCGCUGAGCUCAGUUCCAUUCACCGACGAUGGUAUCUCUCCGGCGCUGGAAGACCACAAGUCUCACCACGCAGCCCUCAACCGGCGUGACAGCUUUGGGUCCGUGCGACUCGGCUCCCCAGCCCAUCACGUGCCGGCGUUCUCCUCCCUGGGGCCCGAGGUGCUGCCCUCCCGGCCCCCCACCGAGGAGCCGGCGCCCGUCCUCCGGGCGGGUUCGGACUCCCCCCGCUCGGCCAAGGCCGCCAGGCAGCGGGCAGACAAGCGGGUGGCCAUGCACAUCUCCGGCCCCUUCUCGGUCAGCCUGCCGGAACACGUCACCUCGCUCCUCCAGAGGACCCCCGAGCAGGCCGGCGAAGGCGUCAGGGCCGGCGAAGGGUCGCAGCGCCAGGGCAGCGAGGCGGAAGAGGAGGAGGAGGAGGAGGAGGAGGAGGAGGAGGAGGAGGAGGAGGAGGAGGAGGAAGAGGACACACCACUCGAACUGAUUGCAGGCGACCCUCAGGGUGGAGAGGAGACGAUGGAAAGUCAAGGUACACUCCAGGGUCUGCCAAUGAGCCCAGAAAUCACCCUGGAACUACAGGACACCUUCUCAUUCCUUGACAGCCAGGACACCUUGGAGGCUGGGGACUGUGAGGCCGACUACCCGCUGGAGCUGGGAAUGCCACUCAAGAUUCCCGAGGAGAUGGAGCCCUACGAUUACUACGCCAACAGCGACCGGGACAAGGCUGGAAUCCUGGAAAUGAGCAUAGAGUCGGAGCUCAUGGACCUCGAUUUGGACAGCAGGGAGCUGCGCGCUUACGAAAUGCAGACUCAGUAUGAGGAAUUCUCCGUCGAGCCUCCGCUUGAAGAGAUUUGGAGCCAAGACGAGGUUGACCAGCCCUCUCUGGACCCCGGUGAACCCCAGCUCGGCUGCCCCUCGGACUACCCGCCCUUGGGAGGGGGAGGACUGGGCCGAGACCCUGAACCGUGUGCCCCGAGUCGCGACAAGAGGGCGGAGGGCGGGAACCCGGCGAGGGAGGACGACGCCGAGGGCUGCCCCGAGCCCGGGCCGGCCGGCUGCUCGGCCGCGGCGGGCUUCACCGCGCGGGAGGAGCCGUCCCGGGGGAGCGGGGGGGACGGGAAGAACGCGGGCUGCUGCCCCACCGCCGGCCGGGGGGCUCCCCUCGGGGGGCGCGGGGACGCUGGGCGCGGCUGCUGUUCGGCCAGGGAAGCCUUCAGCGUGCAGGGGGAGGAGGGGGAGGAGGGGGAGGGGGAGGGGGAGCCAGCGGGGUCCCGGCCGCCUCCCGAGGGAGGGCGGGCUCCGGCCUGGGCUCCCAUGAGGCUGGAGCAGUCUCCGGGCAGGGUCCACCAGGCCAAGUCCCUGCCGGUGGUGCCCCCCAAGCCCCACUACGCCAAGCUGCCGCCGGCCCUGAAGGGGAAGCGGCGGCCGGAGCCCCCGGAGGCCCGGGCGUCCGAGCGGCGGCCCCAGCCCGGCCCCUCGGAGGGGGGCGGCCCCCGCUUCUCCCCCACCUGCCGCCGGCACGCCUGGCGGAGCGGGGGCAGCAUCUCCUUCGACGAGGCCGUGGCCCUGGCGCGCGAGCGCAAGAUGGCCGCCCCCCGCCGCAGCCCGGGACCCCCGGCCCCCAGGGACAGGCUGAGCCUCCCCCACUUCCCCGAGCCGGCGCCCCCUGCGAAUGCCGAAGCCGGCUCGGGUUGCCUGGCCCGCUGCCGCUCCCUGGUGCUGGAGGGCGAGGAGGCGGAGUGAGGGCCGCGUCGGGACCCGGGGAUGAGGGGAGGCGAGCGCCGGGGGAGAGUGGGAGGAAGGGUCAUUGAAGAGAUG